AUGUCCACAAGAGAUCAAUUAUUCUCUUCUCGUCCUCCUCAAACUCAAGUCCUGCUUCAUUCUGCACUUCGUUAUGCUCAAAUCGCAUCUAUGAUCAUACCCCCAGUCUACCUUGUGCGGACUUUAGUGCUUAGAAGAAGACCAUUCAGUAUCAGAAGUUUUAUGCAUACUUCAAUCAUCGGAACCGGAUUGGGAGCAGGUGUUGGAGUCGGAUUAGGGUAUGGUGAAAGUGCUGUAAGGGAGAGAUUGAUCAGAAUUAAAUCUGAUACAUCCCAAACCCGUUCAAACGAUUAUUCACUUAUUUCAGCCACGCUAUCAGCAAUGUUAAUACCUGCUGUCUUCCUCCGAAGGGCUCCAUUACCUUCUUUAGUGAUGGGAGGAGCAUCGAUAGGUUUAGGUGUAGGAGUAUGGGCUCAUUUAGCUGAAAGAGUAGGAAAGGGUCAGAAAGUGCAAGUCGGAGAUAUUACUGGAGACGUACCUGGUGUGGGUGAUGUAGCUAAGAAAGCUUAG